AUGCGCGCUGAACAGGGAGAGGAGGUGGGGAAAUUCAUUGUUAUCAUCUUGGCCGCCGGGAUGGUGGCCUUCAUCGGAGCGGUUAUCUGCAUCAUCGCAGCGGUCCACACCGGAUCCUCCAGGGCUGCCGCGGCACAACAGCAACCAGCAAACGACAACCACUCGCUGUACCCGGACGCGGCGGCGCAGACCCCCGCUGCAGGCGGCUCCGUGGCCCGGCCCGGAUCCUUGGGCGCUCUCCAUGGUUCUGAAACGCCCGAUUCAGAGGCGCCAACCUUCAACAUCGGGAUCGGCGGGCUGGACGGGGUCACCGGACUCACCGGGCACGACCCGACCGUCAGUCGACUCAUCUGCACGCCGAUCCCCGCCGGGGAUUGCAACCCGAAAAACUUUCAGCAACAAGCAGAAGACCCGUCGCUGUACGCGGGCGAAGAUUGGGGUUACCUCCGCACCACCGCGGAUGAGCUCCGGCAGACGGUCCUGCAGCAAAAGGACCAGAUUUUGACAGACCAGCGGACCAUCAGAGAGCUGACGGGGAAACUAUCCGAGUGCGAGAAGGGGCUGGACGGCAGGAGCAGCAGCGCGGACAGGCGCGGCAGCGCCGCGGGGCUGCUGGGGGGCAAAGGCACGGCAGAGGAGACGCACCUGGAGCGGAUCAUGGUGCGGGACAGCCCGGCUUCGACGCCCGACGGCGGCCACCUGCUCACCGUCAGGGCUGUGGACGAACUGGAGCAGGCUAUCACCCAGCUGAAAGACCGCAUAGAGAAACUGGAGUCAGACAUUGGCCCAUUUCCUCACAACCAGACGGACAGCAACACCUCGGGAGUGCCAGAGGAAGGCAGGAUGUCUGGCGGCCCAGAAAGGGUGGCUGAUUCCGGGCCCCGAGCUGGUGCCGACAGGCCCUGGAGGGUGGAAGACUUGGAGGGGGAGCUGGAGAGGAAGGUGGAGCUGCUGGACAAAGAGAGAAAAGCCCUGAGGCUGGAAACAGAGAAACACAGACAGGAAAUCGACAGAGGCAUCAAUAAACUACACCACCGACUCACCGGACUGGAGGAAGGUAUCUCAGGGCAUUCUUUCCCAGAGGGCUACAGACUGUCCUUCCCGACUCGGACAAACUACAUGUACGCUGUAGUGAAGCACUCGGUCCCAGCGCUGCGGGCCUUCACCGUCUGCAUGUGGCUGCGGCCUGCAGAGGGAGGAAUCGGGACGCCUCUGUCUUACGCUGUCCCUGCGCAACCCAACGAGCUGGUGCUGCUGCAAGGCCUGCAUACCCCCGCUGAGCUGCUCGUCAAUGACAAGGUGGCACAGUUGCCUCUAAACCUCUCCAGAGGCAGCUGGCAGCACAUCUGUGUGAGCUGGAGCCAGAAGGGAGGGGCCUGGCACGCCUACCAGGGGGGGAAGCUGAGGGGCGAGGGUCACGCGCUGGCAGCCGGACAUCACAUCAGACCUGGAGGGGUGCUCAUACUGGGGCAGGAGCAGGAUUCCCUGGGCGGAGGUUUUGACUCAUCCCAGGCCCUGGUCGGAGAGUUGUCCCAGGUGGGUCUCUGGGACCGGGUCCUAUCUUCCGGCCAGGUGGCCAGUUUGGCUCGCUGCGGCAGAGUAACCCAAGGCAGCGUGGCCCCUUGGACGGAGAACGGAGUUGAGGUUUACGGCGGAGCGACCAAGGACCCAGGGGAGCCUUGUAGCAAACACAACAGGAGCUCUCAAUGA